AUGAGCCAUCAAAACACCCCUCAUUUACAUAAUAAGAAGACCCCGGGCUCGUUGGCCCCGGAGAACGGAAAGCCAUUAUUGGAUUCUAAUUCAUGUGUGUCGGAUUCUCAGGCCACCAACACCAAACAACUUUUGAAUGCAUACGUGUAUGAUUUUCUCAUCAAGAGUAGAUUGCCACAAACGGCAAAGAUUUUUGUUAAUGAAGCCGAAGUACCCUCAAUUCAAAACCAAUCUGGUGCAUCAUCCAAGAUCAAUUCACCUCAAGGAGCACCACCAACACCCAACAGUUACCAACGAAUUCAAAAAGACAAUAAUUUACCUAAUCUUUCAAUGGCAAUGGAUGAUCCACAAGGGUUCUUGUUUGAAUGGUGGCAAGUAUUCUGGGAUGUUUACAAUGCCCGGAAUCAAAAGGGUGGCUCACCAUUGGCUUCACAGUACUACCAACUUCAACUCAUGAAGCAACGUCAACAACAGGAUAUGCAAGGGUUGAAUGUUCCAAUGAUGACUGGUCAGCCUCAGAGUGCCGAACAACAGCACCAUCAGAGAAUGAUGAUGCAAAUGAUGAUGAAGCAACAGCAACAACAGCAGCAACAACAACAACAACAACAACACCAACAACAACAAGGAAUCCCAAUGCAGCAGCAACAGCUUUCUCAACAACAGUUACAACAGCAAUUGCAGCAACAACAGCAACUCUCUCAACUAUCCCAACUUCCACAACAACAGCAACAACAACAACAACAUCAUCAUCCACAACAACAUCCACAGCACCCACAACACCCACAACACCCUCAACAACAUCCACAGCACCCACAGCUCCCAAUGGAUCAACAGAACAUGCACAUGUCACCAAAUGGAAAUAAUAUGAACAUGCAACAACAAAUGUUUCUUGUUCAGCAACAACAGCAACAGCAACAAUCUCAGAAUCGAAUUCAACAGCUUGCUCAAUCUCAAAUGAAUAAUUUAAGACAACAAGCUGCUGCUCAACAAAAGAGCAACUCUGAUCAUUCUUCUCCGGUGACAAAUCCAAGAAUGUUUCCUCAAAUGGCGGGUCCAGGCCAACAGGGCCAAGGACAAGUUCCACAAGGUCCACAUGGUCCACCAGGUGCUCCUGGUUCUGCUUCUAGUGCGGGUGUAGGUGGUCCUGGUGGGUCUAUUGGUCCCCCUGGGCAUGGAAGUCCUCAAAGCUUUCCACCUAAUGGUGCGUACAAUCAACUGCAAGCUUCGCAACCUGUCCAACCAACGCAGCCACAUCAACAGCCGGCCUUGAGAGCAAAUAGCGUUGGUAAAAGUAUGCCAGGGACACCAGCUAAUGGAGGAGCCAUUGUUGGAAACGGUAAUAAUAACCGUAAUAUGAAUGCCUUACAGGAUUAUCAAAUGCAAUUGAUGUUGUUGGAGAAACAAAACAAGAAGAGACUUGAUAUCGCACGUAGUAAAGGAGCUGAACCUAAUUCUUUGGGUGGAAUAAAUUCAGGAAUGUUACCCCCAGGGGCAGGACCGCAAGUAAAGGUUUCCCCAGUACCUACAUCAAACUCUCCCGUGAUAAAUAAUAAGCCUUCGCCCGGUGCAGCUGCAAAUAAACGUAAAAAGGAACCACCAAAGAGGAACCGGAAAUCAAGUGUCACUGCAGCAACACCAUCUGCGAGUGAAUCCACGUCAAAUGGCUCUGUACAGGCGGGUGCUCCUUCAAUCAAGAAGGAUUAUUCUGCUCCUUUGACACCAGCAUCAGAAACCCCAUUAGACUCAGCACAAGGAAAUAAGAGGAAGAAGAAGAAUAUUGGAGCAUCCGAAUCGCCUAAAAAGACAAGUAAGCCUAAUCCAAAGGCUGCCAGUGGGUCUGGAACCACUGGUGGUCCUAAAGAGACUGACACAAAUGAUCCUAAACUCAAGGAGGAAGAUGCUGGUGCAAAUGCUGGACUUCAGCAACCAUCUUCGCUUCCAUCUGCUGUUUCUGGUAACUUCUCCGGCUCUCUUGAAAGUGGUUCUGAUCAAAUAUUCAAUGUGGAGAUGCUUUCAGGGAACAGUAUUGGUAAUGAAUCUGGAAUGUUUGGAUCUAACGGUAACAGUGGCCGUAUAGAUGACAUUGAUUUUGAUUUCAAUCUGUUUUUAGAUGGAGGUGCAGACAAUGGACUCAAUGAUGGUAUUGGUGGGUUUAAUUGGGGACACGAUGGGGAAUAA